AAACAAAAACGAAUUCGCCUCUGAAUGAAUCUCGUUCGCUUUGAGUUGCUUUUGCUUGUUUUGUUGAUAUUUUUUGAUGAUAAGUAGUAUUGCGUUUUCAGUGCUUGAGUUUGUGUAUUGUGUUAUUAUUUGUUAGUGAACAAGUGUGAACAAUUUUAAUGCAAAACUAAAAAGCAAAACAAUAAUGCCUCAGUUUUUAAAACAUCGAAGAAUUGAAGAAUUUAUUUCAAUGAUUAAAGAUCGACCUGCACUUUAUAAUUACGAUUUAGAUGAAUUCUAUGACAAAGAAUUAAAUAAUAAAUUGUGGAGAGAAGUAGCUACAGCAUUUGGUAUUAAUGUUGGAUAUUGCAAAACGAAGUGGGGUAGUAUACGUGUUUCAUUUGCCAGACAGAUUCGAAAUGAGAACAUGAAUGAUCCAAGAAAUUAUAAAAUUAAUUGGUAUCUAAAGGAUAAUAUGGAUUUCUUGCGAAAGUAUAUGCGUAGUAGAGAUAAUAAGGAUAACAAAAAUAGAAAAUGCAAAAAACCAACCAGAACAAAAAUUAUAAAUAAAUCAAACUUAGAAUUAUUGAGAGAAGAAUCUAAUCUAUCUGGUUCAGCUUCUGAGGUUAAAAAUGAGCUUAUUUUUGAAGAUGAAAACGAUGAAGAUGAUGAAAACGAAAGUUUAGCAAGUUUAGAAUUCUUUGAUGAAGAUAUUUUGGAUGAAAAUAAAAUUGAUUCCUUAAGUUCAGUACCGACCAGUGAAAGAGUUGGCAGUGAGAAACAAACUACAGUAGACACUUGUACGAAUUCAAAUUAUCAAGAAAAAAGAUUAUCAGAACAAAAAGCGUUCCCUAAAAGUAUAACAACAGAUCAUGUUUAUAAAACACCAUUAAGGAAACAAUCAAGUAGACCGGAAUCGUUAUCCAACAUCCGAAAAGAAAAAAAAAGCUUUUCACUUGCACCUGCUGUACAAGAAGAUAAAACCAUGACUUUUUUCAAGAGCAUCUUUCAUGAUGUCAACAAGUUAAAUGGAAGAAGACAACGUCAGCUUAAACAGAAACUUAUGGAACAUUUGAAUGAGUUACUUGAUGAACAGGAAAAUGAAUCGUAGUUACUAAAUAUAUAAAAUAUACGACUUCAACAAUGUGUUUCUAUUGAUUGAUCUGAUAUUCCGGAAGGCUGGCAUGUUUUCUCUUUGAACCACAAAUUAAUUGUUAGGGUUUUAUUAUUAGAAAUACAUUAUAAGUUUUAUACUUUUAAUUUUAGAGUUUUAAUAUGUGGUUGUUUUU